AGACCAACCAGAAUUCAUCACUUCUAUAUCUACUUCGAAUGAGUGGACAAAUUUUCGGAAUGGUCUUGCUCAGAGCAUGUAUAAUAGACAUAGGGCUGCUAGGGCGCAUUGAGGUAUAAACUAUUUGUGUUUGUUCAUUUUCUUUCUCUAUGUUUCUUUUAGUUUUAAUAGAUAAGCUAUGAUUGCAUCACAUUUGCAUUUGUUUUCUUUCAUAUAUAUUUGCCAUCUCAUUUGUAGCCAUUCUUUCUUGUGUAGAUAUGGACCGCGUGGAUAGCUCAACCACGUUGCGUGGAAGAGGCAGGAACAAAAGGAAUUGGACUUCCGAUGAGGACGAUGAGCUAAUUAAAGCCUUGUAUGAGUUGUCUUUGGAUCCGAGGUGGAAAUCCGAUGGUUCAUUCAAAGGUGGGUACUUGGCAAUAUUGGAAAAACAUCUUGCUGAGAAGUGUCCAGGCCGUGGUAUCACCGGAGUUCCACACAUUGAAUCAAGAGUGAGGCACUUCAGGAAGAAAUUUGGUGCUCUUGAAGUAAUGAUAUCCAAAAGUGGUUUUACAUGGGAUGGAAAUAGGAAGAUGAUUCAAUGCGAGAAGGCACAAUAUGAAGAACAUUGUAAGAAUCACAAUGAGGCUAAGGGAUUGUAUGGUGUAUCAUUUCCAUACUUUGAGCAAUUGGCUGCUAUCUAUGGCAAGGACAUCGCAACAGGGGAAAAUGCUGAAGGCUUUGGAGAGGCAGUCGGAAACUUGGAGAAGGAAAUUGCUAUGGAGGAAGAAGAAAAUGAGGAAGAGGAUAUGAUCUCAACAGGGACAGCUAGACGGUCCAUUGACACUUGCUCUAUUGAUACAACUAGUUCUAAGAGACAAAAGAAGGAGCCAAGGCCAAAGAGGGCGACGGGACCAAGCGAUCCUUUUGCAGCCAUGCUUCAAGAUGUCAACAACCAGCUAAACAGUGUGACACAACAUGUUGGUACAAUGGCAACAACAUUUUCAGCAGCAAUGGCACGAGAAACAACCCAAGAGGACCCUCAACAGAAAUCAAGAGAAAAGGCAAUUAGUGAAUUAUCUAGGCUUGCAUUCACUGGGAGCGAGAUUGUUGACGCUGCAACUAUAUUUGCUAAAACUCCAGAACACAUGAACAUGAUGCUUGUGCUUCCAGAAAUCCUUAGGAGGGACUUCGUCCUCAAAAUGCUCUCGGAUGAAAGAAAGAAGCAAGGUUGA